UGCUUUAGCUGGAUGGCUUUCACUUCUGCUUAAUAAAAGAAUCCUUUUGAACAACUACGUUUCAAGAGUUCGUACUUUCUUAAGUUGGAAGGAGAGGCGAUCCUUACAGAAAGCACAAUCUGCAAAACGGUCAACCCAGAGAAGCAAUCUUUGCUCUACUGAGGGGACCUUGCAAACCAUGUCUGAACAAAGCAGAGAGCUGGGAGAAACCGAUUGCUGGGGAGAGACAGUAACCGCCACCCAGUUGGAUGCCUGUUUCGUGCAACCCAUCGGAGAGGAUGAGGUAACCCUGGAGAAUCCGGAAAAGCUCCGCUGGUUGAUUGGCAUCGGGAAGAAAGAUGGCUGGGAUGAGAGAACCAGAGGAGUCACCCUCAACCGUGGCAACCGAAAACCGGGGUGGAAACUGGAACUAGAAGCCCUUACUGACCAGGGGGGACUGACCGAAGCACCCCUGAGGGAGGACUAUCUGAAGAGGCAUAUAACCCAAUUGGUGAUGGAAACUUUGGAAAAUCUCAACAUCUGAAGGGAGCCAGGACAACAACCAAAGAGCACUGAAAGGGCAGCAGUCAUGGAUGAUGCCAGGGGAGGCACCCCCCUCCGGGAGCUUGCCUAUCGAGCAGAUGGUGCAGCAGCAGUGGGAGAAGACCCAGCAAACCCUCCUCCCCUAGGCAGCACGCACACCGGCGCCUAUUCCCAACCAACCCUGGGCUCCUCAACUGGAAAGAGAAACUCCCCGCCUUGGGGUGAAGUUUGAUGGGAAUCUGCAACAAUUAGGAUUCUUUGUGGCACAUGUGCUCACCUACAUGCAAGAGUAUGGGCGUGAUUUCCAAACCCAAGGCUCCCGACUGCGAGUUGUGACCCUAGCCCUAGAGGGUGCCGCAGCCAGAUGGAUGGUGACCCUACAUAAUGCCAACACACCAGAACUGCAGGAUUUUGACCGUUUCAUGAUGGCCCUACGACGUCGGUUCGAGAACCCACUGGCAGAUUGCAAAGCACGCGACCGCAUUAAGGUGGUGAAGCAGGGGCGACGGCCAGUAGCAGAGUAUACUGAAGAGUUCCAGGACCUCGCGUGUCGUGUGCACUGGCCGGAAGAUAUUUUGGUGAGCUGUUUCAAGGACGGGCUGAGUGAUGAUCUAUACAAUGCCUGCAUGGCCCAAGGGGCACCGAAUGACCUACAUGAAUGGUAUGUCACUGCCGAAGAAGCUGAGAUCAAUAUGGCCAGAAACCAGUAUCGAGUGGGGCGAGCAUGGAAGAAAUCCUCACCCCAAUGGAAGCAAGAGCCCCUCAAACCACAAACCACAUUCUCCCCGAGAUCUUCAGCCUGUUUCAAGUGUGGAAAAGAAGGGCACCGAGCUGCAGAGUGUUGUUCACAAACACCCGCCCGGAACCACCCACCAGGGGAGGAUCCUGCAAAACUGGAUCAGCGUGGGAAGGAGACUGCUCUGAGGAGCAGGGAGACGGUAGAAGCCCCAUCCCCUCCCCUCUUUGGGGAGGAAACCCUGGCAUCUGAACAGGAGGAAUCACACUCAUUCGGAAGCGAUCCAGAUGAUGAGCCAUUGUCUAUCAGAGAAGUGACUGGCUACGUCUUGGUAGCGCUGAAUCAAUUUGAAUACCUUCCUUUGGAAAAUCUGCGGAUCAUUCGUGGAACAAAACUGUAUGAAGAUCGCUCUGCACUGGCCAUCUUCCUCAAUUACAAAAAAGAUGGGAGUUUUGGACUGAGGCGGCUUGGGCUGAAGAACUUGACAGAAAUCUUAAAUGGAGGAGUGUAUGUUGGCCAGAACAGAUUUCUUUGCUACGCAGAUACCAUUCAAUGGGAAGAUAUUGUUCGCAACCCUAUGGCUUCCAAUUUCUCUGUGGUUCCAAAAAACAGUAGCACAGACUGUGGACAGUGUCACAAAUCCUGUGGAAAUCGAUGUUGGGGACCUUCAGCGGAUCAGUGCCAGAGUUUAACAAAAGUGGUGUGUGCGGAGCAGUGUGAUGGGCGAUGCUAUGGACGUUCUGUCAGCGAAUGUUGCCAUCGAGAAUGUGCAGGAGGCUGUUCCGGACCCAAAGACACCGACUGCUUUGCUUGUAUGAACUUUAAUGACAGUGGUGCCUGUGUCACCCAAUGCCCACAGACUUCAGUCUACAAUCCUGCUACAUUCCAGAUGGAAACCAAUCGAGAUGGCAAAUAUACUUACGGUGCUUUUUGUGUCAAAAAGUGUCCACACAACUUUGUGGUUGAUAUCAGCUCGUGUGUACGUGCCUGUCCGAGUCCCAAGAUGGAAAUAGAGGAAAAUGGAAUUAAGACAUGUAAACCAUGCACUGACAUUUGUCCUAAAGCUUGUGAUGGCAUAGGUACAGGAAGUUUGAUGUAUGCUCAAACUGUAGACUCCAGUAACAUUGAUAAAUUUAUCAACUGCACCAAGAUCAAUGGGAACUUGAUCUUCCUUGUCACUGGAAUUCGUGGGGAUCCAUAUCACACAAUUGAAGCGAUUGACCCGCAGAACUUACAUGUCUUCCAAACAGUGAGAGAGAUAACAGGAUUCUUGAAUAUACAAUCCUGGCCUGAAAAUAUGACAGAUUUUAGUGUGUUUUCAAAUCUGGUAACUAUUGGUGGAAGAGCACUAUACAGUGGUCUUUCCUUGCUUAUUCUCAAGCAGCAAGGAAUUAGAUCUCUCCAGUUCCAGUCCCUGAAGCACAUCAGUGCUGGGAAUGUCUACAUAACUGACAACAGUAAUUUAUGCUACUAUCAUACUAUCAACUGGACCAGCCUCUUCAGCUCACCUAACCAGAAAACUGUCAUCCACAGAAAUAAGAGGGCUGAGAACUGCACUGCAGAAGGGAUGAUAUGCAGCCAUUUAUGCUCAAAAAAUGGAUGUUGGGGGCCAGGGCCAGAUCAGUGUUUAUCAUGUAAACACUUCAUCAGAGGAAAAACCUGUGUAAAGUCUUGUCACCUUUAUGAAGGGGAAUACAGAGAGUUUGCAAAUGGUUCAGUUUGUGUGGAAUGUGAUCCGCAGUGUGAGAAGAUGGAUGGAAACAGAAUAACUUGCAGGGGGGCUGGACCAGAUCAUUGUACCAAAUGCUUUCAUUUUAAAGAUGGCCCCAAUUGUGUUGAAAAAUGUCCUGAUGGUGUACAAGGGACAAACAGCUUCAUAUUCAAAUAUGCGGAUGAGGAUCGUGAAUGUCGUUCUUGUCACCCAAAUUGUACCCAAGGGUGUAGAGGCCCCACUAGGCAUGACUGCAUUUACUAUCCGUGGACACGCCAGUCCACAUUACUCCAGCACGCUAGAACUCCCCUGAUUGCUGCAGGAGUGAUUGGAGGACUCUUCAUCAUCGUCAUUUUGGGUCUUACAUUUGCAGUUUAUGUGAGACGUAAGAGCAUUAAAAAAAAGAGGGCUUUACGAAGGUUUCUGGAGACCGAGCUGGUAGAACCUUUGACUCCUAGUGGCACAGCACCCAAUCAGGCACAACUUCGCAUUUUGAAGGAAACUGAGCUAAAGCGCGUCAAGAUCCUUGGAUCUGGGGCCUUUGGAACUGUAUAUAAGGGCAUUUGGGUUCCUGAGGGAGAGAGUGUGAAGAUUCCUGUAGCAAUUAAAAUACUGAAUGAGACAACUGGUCCAAAGGCUAAUGUGGAGUUUAUGGAUGAAGCACUUAUAAUGGCAAGUAUGGACCAUCCACAUCUGGUUCGGUUAUUAGGAGUCUGUUUGAGCCCCACCAUCCAACUAGUUACUCAGCUGAUGCCCCACGGUUGUUUAUUAGACUACGUGCAUGAACAUAAAGAUAACAUUGGUUCCCAGGUUUUGCUGAAUUGGUGUGUUCAGAUAGCCAAGGGAAUGAUGUACCUGGAAGAGAGGAGACUGGUUCAUCGAGAUUUGGCAGCACGAAAUGUCUUGGUGAAGUCUCCAAAUCAUGUGAAGAUCACAGACUUUGGUUUGGCUAGGCUACUGGAAGGUGAUGAGAAGGAAUAUAGUGCUGAUGGUGGAAAGAUGCCAAUAAAAUGGAUGGCUCUUGAGUGCAUACAUUAUAGGAAAUUCACACACCAGACAGAUGUUUGGAGCUAUGGUGUCACCAUUUGGGAACUUAUGACCUUUGGUGGAAAGCCUUAUGAUGGGAUUCCAACAAGAGAUAUUCCUGACUUGUUAGAGAAAGGAGAGCGGUUACCGCAGCCUCCUAUCUGCACCAUUGAUGUUUACAUGGUAAUGGUGAAAUGUUGGAUGAUUGAUGCUGAUAGUCGGCCCAAGUUCAAGGAGCUGGCUGCUGAAUUUUCUAGAAUGGCUCGGGAUCCUCAAAGAUAUUUAGUCAUUCAAGGUGAUGAUCGUAUGAAGCUACCAAGCCCAAAUGACAGCAAAUUUUUCCAGAAUCUGCUGGAUGAGGGAGACCUGGAAGACAUGAUGGAUGCUGAAGAAUAUCUUGUCCCUCAGGCAUUUAAUAUUCCUCCACCCGUAUAUACGUCAAGGGCAAGAAUUGACUCCAACAGGAGUGAAAUUGGACACAGCCCUCCUCCUGCCUACACCCCUAUGUCAGGAAAUCAGUUUAUCUACAGAGAUGGAAGCUUGUCUACAGAACAAGGAGUUCCUUUGCCAUACAGAACUGCCAUACCAGGCAUAGCUCCAGAAGUUCCCAUCAGGCAAGGAGCUGCUGAGAUCUGUGAUGACACUUGCUGCAAUGGUACUUUACGGAAACAAGUGGCAAGUCUUUCACAAGAUGACAGUAUCACUCAGAGGUAUAGCGCUGACCCAACAGUUUUUAUCCCAGAGCGAGGGCCAAGAACUGAGCUGGAUGAAGAAGGGUAUAUGACUCCAAUGCCAGAAAAGUGCAAAACAGAUCACCUGAAUCCAGUGGAGGAGAAUCCAUUUGUUUCUCGGUGGAAGAAUGGUGAUCUUCAAGCUCUGGACAACCCAGAUUAUCACAACAGCCAAACUGGGCAGUCCAAAGUCGAGGAUGAAUAUGUGAAUGAGCCCCUGUACCUCAACACCUUUGCAAGCACCUUUGAAAAUGCAGAGUACCUGAAGAAAAAUGGGCUUCCAUUGCCAGAAAAGCCCAAAAAGGCAUUUGAUAACCCAGGUUAUUGGAAUCACAGCCUGCCUCCUCGAAGUACCCUACAGCAUCCGGACUACCUGCAGGAAUACAGCACAAAAUAUUUUUACAAACAAAAUGGAAGGAUCCGACCCACUGUGGCUGAGAAUCCCGAAUACCUCUCAGAGUUCUCUCUGAAGCCUGGCAUGAUGCUGCCUCCUCCACCUUACAGACACCGAAACACAGUAGUGUAAUCCCAGGGAGAAAUGGGGAAACCAUACCAGCACUCUCUUCCUCUCCUUCCUCCUCCCCCUUUUCUCUUCCUUCCCCCUUUUCUUACUUUCUCUUGCCAAAUCUUCCCUCCAUUUGAUGUCUGCAAAGAGAAGGGAGAGAGAAUCAUUUAAAUCAAUGAUUCCAGAAAUUUAGGAAGAAGCAAAAGAAAAAAAAAGUCUGGCUUUUCUUCCUUUCCAAGCACUUCUUUUAGAGGAAGAAAAGAUCAGACCAGCCACGCAUGCUAGGAACUGCCCCUGAAGUGGUUGCCUGCUGUCAGGCUGGUGUUCUUAUAGGGAUCCAGCUUGGGGGCUGCCAAGAAAGUCACCCUGGUCAGUUUCUAUCAGCAGGAAGUGCCAGAGCCACUGAAGCAUUCCUGCAGAAGGCAAGGCAGUUUCAAAAGGUGGGAAAGGGGUAGAAAAAGACAAUUUUUAUACCAUAGGUAAUGAACUAAUGACUGAGAUUGAAAGGCCAAUUUCUUUAACCUUUUUUUUAUUCUGCCCGCUAAUCAAAAUGUCUAAUCCAGCUUGCUUAUGGCCAGUUGCUCUCUCUACUUUUGCAGUUGUGAAUUCUUUUCCAAGGCAGAGACCUCAUUCAUUCCUGUUCUGGUGCAUGAAAUUACAGGUGGCUACAAGUCGAAAAUUGUAUCAGGACACACACUCAUACACAUGCAAACUAACUUGGGCUUUUUGAGGGCACAGUGCCAAUGAAUAUUGAAUAUUUAUAUAAAGAGAGCCUCCUGUUCAUGUUUUAUAUACAUUGAAUGCCACAUGUAAUAAUUCUCCCCUCCAUUUCUUUAUCAGCUAAAGCUGAGAGCAUUAUAUAGCACUAGAAGGAAGAAUAACACUGGAUUUUUAAACACUUUAACGUUUUUAAGGCAGGGUCAGGAGGGAAAAUAGAAAAAGAAAAAAAUAAGGACAGGUAAAACACACUCUGGAAAUCACUGGAAAAUUAGUUUGCACUUAAACUUUUCUUUUUCAUUCUCUUUAUAUUUUCUCCUUACUCUGAACGUUAUUCUGGAAUCUGAAUGAAGCAAUAUGGAAGUGACCAGCAAAAUAAAAUAAUUUAAAAUGUAAAAUGAAUAAUAAUAUAAAUAUAUAUACUAUAUCUAUAUAUGAAAGGUGACUCUGGAAUUGCCAAAACAAAGUGAAAGUCAAGCCUUUGGAACUUCAUUCAUCAGUGCAACUACAACUACUCACAGGAAUAAUAUUGAAGUACCAACUUUGGAUAUUGGCUCUUACAAGAAAAGGAACACAUAUGAAGGGAACUCUGAAGGUAAAAGGGGGAAGGACUGAUUUGAGCUUCCCAGUAAAGACUAUUGUGAGACUGUUAUUGAGAAGUUUUGUUCUAGCACAAAGAAGAAAUACUAAACAAGACCUUAAACAAAUUAAGGGUGUUUGUGGCUGUUAUAUUCUCAGUCAAAUCUGUAAGUAAUCUCCCAGCAUUUGCUUAUUUAUUUUUUACUUUUGGCUUUUACAUGUUGAUUUAAAGAAAAAUAAUUGGUUCCUUGAAAUUGUAGCAUUGAAAGGCACAAGAAUAGAAAAAGAAUCACUUCAAUUCUCAAAACUUAAUAUAUUUGAAAUGCACUUUUAGGAGGAAUCAGUUACCUUAGUGUAUACAGUCUGCUGUUUAUUAAUUUCAAAACAGAGAAUAAAGAUAGAAGAACAGAGAAUCAGUGUAGAAAUAAGAUUUGUACUUAACUCUGAUGGACAAAAUUUAAGGAGUGCAACAAGAUGAGGAUUGUCUUCAGAAAUAUAAAGAAGCAUAUUAAGAAACUCUUGCAAGAGGUAGGCUUUGGACUUACUUACUUAACAGCUGAUGGAUAUAAAAGCUGAUACUCUUAAAUAGCAGGUCCUUAUUCAUUCAUUUGGUAUGCUGUAUGAAAGGCAUGUUCUUUUGGGAUUCAGCAAAGAACAAAACAUAUCUCAUGAGGUUAUCAGUGGCAGAAUGAUUUUACUGGAGAUUAAGGCAGGAGCCAAAGCAUGACACACACAGCAAGUAACCUGGACAGAUCUUACAGAGCCAAUUGUUAGGAUGCCUACAGCUGGGACCACAAAGGACCCAAACAAGUAGGUUAGAUAAAAAAGAACCAAGCCAUCAAAUCGUGCAACACCAAAUCCAUUUGGAAAGCAGAUAAUACAAAAUUAAUUGCUCUGCCCAUGAUCAAUCUAGAAUAUUGCUUGCUGGUAUUCUCAAAUUAGAAAACUCAGAGGUUAAUGACAUUUAGAUAAGUAUUUGAACUUAUCGUUUUAAAACAAGCUUUCUGACUUUAUAUGGAUAUUUUUCUUCAGAUAAGCAAUUUAUUUUUCUUCAAGGUGCAGUUUGUUGGAUACCCUUAACCCCAAAACUCCACAUAUUCUGCAGGUAUCCAUAGAAAAAGUAUAAGACAGUAAACAAUAUCUCUGCUUAAAUGUGCACAAUAGUUUCCUUUUUUCUUUCUUCCUAUUUAAUAUGAAAUGAAAUUUUGAUGAGGGCCAAAUUUUCAGGUAGGCUAACAAAAUCCUAACUCUAUAGGUCUCCGUUGCUAACUAUGAUGAUGCCAAAAUGGCAAAACAAGCAUUAUGAUAACAUGAUGUAAAUUUCAUUUUUUUUCUACAUGCAUUGCAGUGUUGUACACAACACUGGGGUGGUUUGCAUCAGAAUAUCACAACAUAUAUUCUGCCACAUGUCCCAUCCUUGCAGACAUCCAUGCCUUGCUUCAAACCUUGAUUUAAAAAAAAUUAACACUGCAGCCUUCUAAUUCUUCCUUAAAAGUUUAAUAGUUAAUAUAAUCCAGCUCAGUGACUUUGCUUUUGUUGCAAAAAGGAAAUGUAGUUGGAUAUACUUAUAUUUUAAAAGAGAAAAGAAUGGUCUUAAAAAUCAGGAAUAUUUGAAAAUCAUUGCUUUAUCUUCUGUAGCUAUCUUCAUUUUAAAAGCAUGUAUCUUCUAGUUUCCUGACUUACAUUUAUAAUCAGCCAUAGCCUUGUAACCAAUAUUUAUUGGCUAAAGGGCACCGUAUGGGACCUAGUGUGUGAUCUGUGUAUGUUACAGUCCAAAUGCCUAAAUCAUUGAUUCUUCCAGAUUGAUAGCUUGUUAAAUCCUGCAAUUAGCAGUAGCUUCCAUUCUUCUCAAUAGUUAUUGCUCCCUACCUAUGGACAGAAUUUGCCAGAAGGAGCCAUGAAACUUCAAAACUUCUAAUUUUCCAAAGAAAUAGCCAUUAACUGGCACAUUUCUGUGUCCCGCCUAUAAGUCCUUAAGAGUUUCCUGUGUAAAUUGCAUCUCCCUUGAUUCUAGAAGAGAGCCUGGCAGGUCAGACUCCUUAUUCCACUGCUGGCUCCAGUGAAAAUCACAAGAUCUGUUUUAAUUGUAGAUAUUAUAGUAAUGGAGUUGCAGAGCCAGACCCUAGAACAAACUUGUCUUCCAUUGCAAUACAGGACUGCUUAUUUAAACAUGUUUUUAUGAAUGGAUAGCUUUUUUUAUGAAUGGAUUUGAAAGGAAGGUAAUCCUUUCCUGCUACAUUUCAUGCAAAUGCAGCUCAUUAUAUACACAGUUUCUUUUAAACAAUCCCACACUUAAUAGUUAUGAGGUGGUAUUUUAAAAACUCAGUAAUUAAGUAAAUAAAUCAAACUAAUUAUAUUGCAAAUUUCUCCAUGCAGAAAUUAGGACAUCAUUGGGCCAAUGUUAAGGCAUGUUUCUCUCUAUACUUCAUCAUAAAGCCUAGGCAGAUUGAAUCCUAACUUCAUUAUAUUAGUUUUAUUUUCUCAUGUAAAAUAUUGGACUGUAUAGUAAUAGAUGUUAAAAUUCAGGAUUACUAUUUUUCUUCUUUAGGAUUUUAGAAUGAAAGUAUUUGAAUCAGAAAGAUAGCAUAAAAUUUUAGUUUUUCCAACCAAUAGUUAAUUCAAAAUCUCCCAGUAGCUGUAGCUGUGAAACUGUGAUUAUCAUUGAUCUUUAAAGUAUUGUCCAAGCUAUAAAAAUUAAUAUUCUAAAUGACAGUACAAAAAAAAAAACAAUUGAAAAAUGAACUAAAUGUACUACUGGCCAGGGUUAAUAUCCACAAAUAUCUCAGUGAAAUCUAUUUGUGUAAUUUACAUAAUUCUCAUUUGUCAUACGAGGCAUGUAAUUAGUGCACAAUAGUAAUAAGGAAAUCCACCAUACCACAACUUCCUGCUGGUUCAAGAUUGGUGUACAAUUUGUUUGAUUUCAUACUGUCAGAUUGUUAGAGACUUGAGACAGUAUUGUCAUGCUCAGGCACCUGAAAUUUAAUUGAAGCUACUUUUAAUUGCUGUUUGAGAAUCCUGUUUUCUCAAUGGAAGGAACCCCUGUUUCAUCCCACUUCCUCCUAGCAACAUAAACCAGCAGCCAUAUUUAUUGCAUUGGCAAUAAAUAUCUCCUCUGGAAGGAAGAAAGAAUGGUGUAAAAGUCAACCAUUCUGAGCAAUCUUCCUUUGCUUUUGCCGCAGCAACCCCCAAUACAUCCUUCAACUCCAGGGAUUAGACCCUGAGCCUCUGUGAAGGAAGGCCCCAGUUAAAAACGUUCUGUCGGAGUGCUAAGGUUACUUUGCGGCAGCAUGUUGACUGAAUGUAAGAAGGCAGCUUCACAGCUGGGAUCUUUUUUUCUUGUGCCAAAACAAGUGCACCCCAAAUGCAUUGCAAGUCAGUGGAUUGGGAACCAGUGCUAUCACUUAUCCUUUUUUGCAAUGAGCAGGAUUUUUGUUUCUCUUUGAAAUGGCAUUUUCUGCGCUCUCAGCUAGAGGGGCCAUAAUUGGCUAAUGGUUACUUCAGCAGUUCCAUGCAUGUUGAUGCGGAGAGCAGGAAAGCAAUGGCAUGUUAAUAGAGGUAAUGCCUCAAAGUGAAGGCCAAAGUGGUUCUUAGCUGCAAUUCAACUGCAUCCCUUGAGGGGAUUCUUUUUUAUGCCAUCUAUUCUAUCAGCAUGCAUUUUUGGUGCUUGUAAUUGUUCUGGUGCUUCAGAAAGUUUUCUGCCCAUGGUGGAGGAGAAAUCCCAUAGGUGUAAUUGUAUACCCAUGGAUUAUACAGGCAAAUAAAUGAAUACAAUUCUACGAAUUAGAGACUAUAGUGAAUCAAAGACUAUGACAGUCUUCCAAUACUUAUUCUACAAAGCACCUGAGGGCAGGACAGGAAAUAAUGGUUGGAAAAUUAUUAAACAGAGAUCCAACCUAGAAAUUUCCUGACAGUGAGAACAAUUAAUCAGUGGAACAGUUUACCUCAGGAAGUUGUGAGUUCUCCAUCACUGGAGGUUUUAAAGAAGACAUUGCACAGCCAUAUGUCUGGAAUGGUAUAGGGUUUCCUACUUGAGCAGGGAGUUGGACUAGAAGACUUCCAAGGUUGCUUGGAAGAUCUAAGUUCUAAAACUAAUUGAGAGCUUAACAUUUCACAAGAAAGUGUAUCUUGGGGAGUACUAACCCUACUCCUAAUACUUGUGUUUUUAUGAUCAGUACUGUGGAUUAAAUGUCUUAACUGAUAUAGGAAUCCUUAUCAAACUAGUUGGAGAGAAAAUGUUGCCUCAGAAAGUCAUAACGCUGAGUACUGAAAGUCUCAGACUGAACUGAGCCGGCAUAAAUCAGAACCCUUCUACAGCCAAUAAACUGAACAAAAGCUAUCAUCCACAGACACCAUGAACUCUCAGCCAGCAUAAGAUAUACCAUUGUGAGUCAAAUGCAAUUGAAGGGUAUAUUACUUUUAAUCCCAAAAUUACCAUGUGGUACUACUAUGCAUACUACACAGUGUUUGAAACUGAAUACUUCCUUUGUACUAGAACCCCUUUUCAAGAGCCCUUAGAGCACCGGAGCAUUCUGUUUCAAACUAAAAAUGGAAGUCUAGUUAUAUGCUGUAAUUUUCUGCAUUAAAACCCCUCACAAACAGUAAAGGAAAAUAGAAGUCAUUUUUUUUUCUGCCAUAGCAGUAAUUUCUCCCCUGGAUCACUUUUCAAAUUCUGGAAAACACAGCAAUUAAAAGGAAAUGAAGUUUAUCCUAAAGUUUAAAUUCGAGCUAUAUCUUAAGACCCAACUACAUUGCAUGCCAUGCAAAUUAAUUUUCAUCCUAUUAGGUUUCCUAUAGAGAACAGCUAGGACUGCAAGGGGUACUUUUACCAUUGUGUUCAAUGGUGGAGAAAAAAAUCCAAGCAAAAACUAUACUGUAAAGUGGCAUAGGAUGCAAAAUUUAUAUUCUGCUAUGAGGUGGUCCCAGCUCUUAUUCAAUUCUUCCCCUUCCCCACCCAAGACAUAUUUGCAAACAUGUGAGCCAAUUUGGUCUAGUGAUUAAGGCAUCAGGCUAGAAACCAGAAGAUUAUGAGUUCUAGGCCUCCCUUAGGCAGAAAAGCUCAACUUCACACAGGGUUGUUGUUGUUGUGGGAAGAAGAAGGAUUAUGUAUAUUUACUACUUUGAGUUAUUUAUUAAAAUAAGAAAAGUGGGAUAUAAAUAAAGUGUGGAAUAUAUCAAAUUGUCACAUACUGUUCUGCAAAAGAACCAUUGACUUGAAUGACAGGAUUUACUUACUACAAAGGGAAAUUUCUAUAUGUACUGUAAAUUCCUCUGUAUGUGUAAAUCUAGACAUGCCCUCUCUUAGAAAUUUCCACCAGCAUGUACUUGUGAUUUGAAAGUGUCCACUUCAGUCUCCCCUCUCCCAUUUGCAGCAUCUAGUCCUUUGGCAAGAAGCAUUGCCUAUCACUGCAGUCUGAUCUGUUCUAGAAAAUACAGAUUCCUAAUACAACUUAAUCUCCAUCUCAUUUAAAAACAUUCCUUGCUUUAUAUCCAACCUAUUAUUCAUUUAAAUACAAGGUAUUGUAUAGGAUUAAUAUGCUGGGACUAUGUUGUACAAAAGCGUAUAAACUUAAAGGAAGCUUUUGUCUUCCGAAUCACUGAAGUGAAUUCAUCUUCAAAAUUGAGUUCCUUUUGUUAGCCAUCUCUGCCAGCUAGUUUACAGCACAUAUUCUGCAAUUGUAGAAGCUAUAAGAACCAACUGUAUCAAUUUAGCAAAGAGUUAUGAUACCUAACCACACCUUAUGUUAGUCUUCCAUAUUUAAUAUUUUUGCAUGCUGAAAUGCUUGCAAAAGCAUUCAGUAAUUAAUGUUUGUUUGGGCAGCCAAGAUUUGAAGACAGAGAUUUGAAUAUAGAGUUCUAUGGAAAAUAUUCCAAUUCUUGAAAGUUAUAUGCUCCAGAGAAGAAAUUGUUAUUAUUAUAAUCAUUCUCUAAUUAUUGUAACAUUACUCUUUGUUGAUAGAUUAGCCUAUCAAAAUGUAAAGCCAAAGAUCUAGUCUAUUGUAUAUCAGUUUAAUUUUUGAUCAUGCCUGGUCUUGAGAAAGCUGCAAAAAAACCCAAUGUGGUUUGAACCAAGAGACAGAUUGAAGGCUUCAAAACCAAUGAAGACGUAGGAUAGAUAAUUUUCUCUAUAUCUAUCUAUUAUUUUGUUAAUAUAUUUGUUCCUCAUGAGAUCAUUUUAUUCUAAUGAAAUCUAAUGACUUUGGCAUGUGACUAUAAUUUCAACAUUCCUUACAUUGUACAAGAUUUUCUUAAAAACCUGAUAUACAAGUGUCCUGAAUUUAAAGUGAAGUACCCCCCAUGAAAGCAGCAGCUGACUUGUUUAAACAACAUACUUUUUCAUUUGUAAAGUUCUCACAUUGCAGAGAUUGAGCGUUCUGGUAAAACAGAAUAAUCUGGGAUUGAAGAUAUUGUCAUCCUGUCUUAAGUUUUCAUUUAGAUAUAAUUUUCUUUAUGUCUUGAUUAUAUGCAUAUUUUUUUAUUCUACGCUAUUCUAUUAAACCUAUUUUCAUAUGAUACCCUGCUCUUUCCACAUGAGCAGUAAAUCUGUUACAUAAGCAGAAAAAUAGAUAGGCUUAGAAUUAGUAACAGUGCCCUUCAAACGAAGACAUUUUACAAGGAAAUAUUGAAUUUAAAAGGUUUCCUUGACAUUUGUUUUCUGCCCACAUUUUUUAUCUUUUUAACAUUUUAAUUAACUUUGUAGUCUUUGUAAUAUUUUAAUUUUCUGGGUUAUUUUCAAUACAUUAAAGUAAUAAUUUUAUACUGAGUUUUUUAAAUUUCAAAGUUUUCUUUAAUUCAACCUUUUCAGUUAAAAUCUUAGUACUUAAUAUUAUUGGUAUCAAGCAUUAAUAAAUAUGCAUGCAUGCCAUGUUUCUACAAUAGGCAUUAAUUUAAUACGGUGCAGAUAUUGUCAAAAGCCUAGGCAAUUGGUAUGUUGCAACUGCAUUUGAGCUUGCUGCAUUUGAGGGCAAAUAAAGGUGCUACAGGAUGAAUAAAAAUAAUGUAAAUCUUGUUCCUAUUCUAAACCUUUCAACCAGACAGUGUUGCUUAGCUGAAUCAGGCCCUUUAGUUGAUUGAGAGCAUCAUUGCUCUGGUUAAAGCAUUUAGAAUUUGAAGGCUGUUUUUCUCAAUUGCUUUGCUAAAACUUUUAUAGAGGUGCUAUAAGCAAAGCUGGGACAUAUCCACAUAUGCCAACUACAAUCCUCCAUAGCCAAAGGCAAGAAUCCCCAAACAAACUGGCAAAAGUGGUGUACAUAAAAAGAAGUGCACUUUUGGCAUACAGUCACAGCUGCCAUUUGCUCUUUUGCAACACAACACAUAUCCCACAGACACCUCUGUAAAACUGUGUCUUUUAUUUCUUUCAAUCUGCUGCAGAAAAUUUGUAUUCAACUUAAAAGGAAAUGGCAGAUUUCCAUACAUCUAUUUCCUUGUGAAAUAAUACUGCACAGAAAAAGUGUGUAUUUAGUGUUAAUUAUUACUGAUCAUAGUGGAAACAAUAGGGAGCAGCUGAGUAAGGUUAUUGACAUCAUUGUGGCACAACCACAGUCACCCUCUGAAGAAAUGCACUUACGUAAGCAAUGAACUAGAAUCACCUGGGGCCUAAGUAUGCAAAGUGGCUGAGAUGCUUUGAAGCUAUUGGCUUUAUAUUAAAAAGGGGGCGAGUUAUUUUGUCCAAAAAUAUAUCUAUAAAAGGAUCACUUUCUUUAGUUUCAGAAGGCAAAGGCUGUUUACAUUCUCCUCCAAAGUCAAGAAAACUGAUUGAGAAUGCUUAAUGAGGGGGUCAGUUUGAAUUACACUAAAACAGCCGUGAAAAGUUUUGUUUUCAGCCAGUAAAAAGAUUUUUAGAAAAUUUGAUCAGAAUAAUAAGAUUCAAACAGUGUAAAAUAGAGAUAAGUGGUCAUACAGCACUCAGAAGCCAUGCUUGCUGCUCACAACCAUCUAUUUGCAGACACUAAUGGACUGUUUUCAAACGAAUGUGGGACAUAAAAGUCAAAACUUUAUCAUCCUAGGAUGUAUUCCUAGACUUCCUGUAAGGUAUGCCAGCGGCCAAAAGCUUUUUCUUUUUUUUUUUUAAUUUUCAGGGAUCUCCACCUUUGGAGAUAGAAAUGGAUUCUCUAAUUCCACCCUCUUGCAAAUAUCCUCCCCAAUUGUAAACCUCUGAAAACAGGAGGUGGGGGGGAGAGAGAGAAUCAGUUCCCUUCCCCAUUAUCUCAGCCUAGAAGAGUGUAGGCAUGUCCAAUGCACCGAUGUUAAAGUGUCCUAAGAUAGGCUGGUAAUUCCCCAGUCAGUUUCUUAAAACUCCCUAAAAGUCCUGCACAAGAUAGGAUCCCAUUGCUGUGGAUACACAAAGAGAAAACACUGUAGCAGAUUAUAAAGAAAACAGAAGGAAAGAAAAAUGGGCAACAGAUCAAAUUUGGGGCUUUAGCUGACGAAGUGGCUAAUUGUAGAAGAAGAUGAAAUAGGCACUAUUCAGGAUAACUGAACGCACUGCAAGAUAAACCGGUUGAAAUGCACCUUUGGCAUAUUUGCAAGGAAAAGCACUUUCAUUGGGAUGAAUUUAAUAAACUUCAUUGAAAAGCAAUUGCACUCCACUGACAUGAAAGUCAGCUUGGGUAAUGACCUAUAAGCACUCCAGAGCCUAAAGUAUUUUUGGGGGAAUACCCACAGUAGUAAACUGUGAAUGCUAUUUUAUAAAUGUAGAUAUGUAAUCUGUUAUUUUGAAGUGAAGUACUCUGAAAUAUGUAGCAUAAAUUGGUACUGCUGUUGAAUGGGUCGAUAAUAAAACAAGCAGCUGUGCAAAGGACAAGCUAACUUUGAAUGCAGGGAAACAAAGGGAUACUGUGUAGGUAGAAAGUUCAUAAUCCAAUUCAUAAAUGACUUGGAUUUUUUUUUCUAGUUACCUUCUGCCAAAAUAAUUAGUGAUUAUUUUGUGAUCGGAGAUCUGCUUCUUAUGUGGCCAUGUUCAUUUAAAAGCAUUUAAAUUGUGCAAAAACUAAAGAGCAACUUAGAUAUUUUCAACAGCUUUCUACAAAUCUUCCAAGUUCUAAAGAUUUCUACUGAAGUCAUUUCAACUGUCAGUGGGACUAAAUUUGUUUAAAUCUGUGUAUUAUGCCAUGAUUGAGCAAUGGAUCAAACUCAAAAGCUGUGCAGUUACUUCUUGAUUCAUAUGCAAAAAUACUUAUUUAUAGCUAGAUAGGUACAGAUAAUCUGAAUAUUUUUUAAAAAUUACAAUUUCCUUCUGUACAUAGAUAUGUAAACAAAAAUAUCCAGGAUUCUGUUUUUUUCCUAUCUAACUCUGGUUAUUUGGCUGUCAUUCUAGAAAUGAUUUGUAGAUCCAUGUAUUUCUUUAAAUAAAUCAUUGAUAUAGAUUUGUAAUAACUAGCUUGCUACUUUUAGGAUGCUAGUCAUUGCUCUCUGGUUUAAAAGUAGCUUCACGUUUAUCACUGCAUUUGCUGAAGUAGGCACAAAUUUUUGAAAAUGCAGUGCACAGAGUGCCAAUCAGAGACCCCCAUCUGUAGUUCUAAUCAAUUUCCCUUUUUAAAUCCUACUUUUUAUUAUUAAUUUUUUUAAAAGAAGUACAUGCAUAUUUUCUUCCUUCAAAGAAAUUAUUAAAAUUAUCAAUGCAGCAAUCAUGAAAAUACUCAGAUAUUUCUAUUCAAUAUAUUAUUUUGGAUGUAUAAUUUUGAGAAAUACUGGAUUAUGCUUUCUUUGUAAUGAGUGAUGCUCUGGGGGACAGGGAGAGUGGUUUGUUUAUGAAUUUCUAAACUUCCCAUUUAUGAUUUUCCAAAAUUUGCAAUUUUGUAUUGCUUGCAAACUUAAAUGUAGCAAUUUCCCUACGUUCCAGGUAGUCUCAUUUAACAUGCUGAUAAAAAGACCAUAAUCUUGUGAACCCCUUCUGGGAAAGGCUGGUGAAACUAUAUUGUGAGUUUUGCAUCUUCAUUUCAUGUUGCACAAUGCAUUCAAAGUUAGCUGACCUUUUGAAGCAAACAUGAAAAAUAAAACCCUACUGUUUGUUAAUUUGAAAAUGUGAAUAGUAUUUUUAUAGCUUGUUAAAGAUAUGGCUAGUUGCAUUAUGUAAAUAAGGUUAAUGUAGCUUUUAUUUCCCUUUGUGGGCAUCAUUGUUUGGAACAUGAUUGUCUAAGGUUGAUUUGUAUAUAAGUGAAUGGUCUGUGAUUGCCCCUCUCGCCGCCUUCUUCCUAUUUCUCCCAUCUUGGUUUAUCUCUUUCCGGAUCCUGACUGCAUUUUGACAUUCUGUGUGAUUCUGUGUUAGCACUAUUGUGGUUUGUUCAACUUCCUGCACUUGCUUACACAGUAGGAUAUUGUGUGUGGUGUAUUGUUAUUUUAACUUUUAGUUUUUUUCAUCUUUCAGCUUUGAAGGAACAUGCACUGUUGAAAAUACACAACUGAUUUUUGUUAAUCAGUUUAGGCAUCUAAAUAUUUUAGUAUGAUUUCCCUUUCAUACUGGUUUUUUUAUUUCUUGUUUGGGAAGCUGGGGGAGAAACCAGUGUCUUCUUUUUCUUAGUGUGAUUACUUCCCACUCAACUUCCCUAUAAGGUCCUUUAGGGUAGAGCUUUACCUGUUUGUUAAGGCAAAUGUAGACUUUAGCCUGCUUUUGCUUCAUCUUACACUGAUCAUCCCAGCUGAACAAUUUGAAAACUGUUCUGCUUUUUUGUUACAUGAAUCUGUCAGAAAUAUAUUUUUAAUUUAAUAUAAAUGAACUUCAAUAAAAUAGCAAAC